UCUCCUGUACGGUGCCAUGCUUGUGGUGCUGUUAUUGAAGGUCUACUACCCUGUGUCAUUACCAUCACCAAACUGCUCCCAACUCCUGGAACCCAUCCCUACUAAGAAAAUCCUUAAACUGCUCUUUGCUGGGACAUGGAUCCUGCAGGAGGCGUACUCUAUUGACUCCAUUGAUCUGUAUGCCCUGACCCACGCCAAGAGUUCAUGGGCAAAGUUCACCUGGGGGCCCAACGGCACCAUCCACCUGGACAUGGGCCACCUGCUGAGUGUCCCGAACAGGACAAUGUGGUGUGUCCACCACCACUUCAACGGCAUUGUACUUGGCAAAAACACACUUCACCUCCAUCUGCCUAAUUUCGGGGCGUCAGCGAAGUUCCAAUUCCUCAAGGCCUGCAAUGAGUGUCUGGUCAUGACGGCUAAAGCACAUGUGCCUCGAUAUGGUGCUCUGGACUACCUGUUUACCUAUGGUCUAUAUUCAGAUUUACACGAGUAUUACAUCCGACCAACCAGACUGCAGGCCUCCUGCAAGGGCCUGGUGACCCCGCCCCCUUUCAAGUAUCAUGGAGCAGAACUCUGCCUUAAUGACACAAAUGAGAGCAAUUAUCAAAGUCCCGAAACGCGUGACCAAAACUUGACAACUUGCAUCUUUUAAUCCAUGGCAAUAUGUUGAUUGUGUCAAUACCUGUAACAUCCUUGAAUUAAAACAAUGUUUUUUAUCGUGUUAAUGCAACUAUAAAGGCAAUGUGAUCAUUGAGUUGAUGUCUCUGUCAUAUCUAUAUUAUGAUUGUUUGCUGUGCUUUGCAAUAUAAUAAAUUGUUUAUCUAUGAUGUCAUUAUGUCAGUGUAUUUUCUUAAUGAAUAAAGGCAGCUUGAGUGCACGAUACACAGUAAUAGGUUGUGCCCACAGCAAAGUCUAUCAUUUAAGUUCCAUUUUAGUUUCCAAAUGUCUGCAGUGAAAACAAGUGUUUGGCUGUGGCCAAUGUUGAAUCAGCUAUGAUACUGAUAGAUAUCAGUUAAGUCAACAUGUACAACUGUGUAACUACUUGUAAAGACAUUAAGAUAAUGAUUUAAAAUCACAGCAUCCAAUAACAUAGAUACUCAAUCUCAGUAAUAAUGGCACUUGAGUUACUUUAUAUUUCUUUUUUUCAUAGCCUAUCUGCCCUUAUUUGUUAUUUUGGUGGGGACACUUUCUAGACUCUUUGGGGAAACCAUGACAUCUCAAUCAAAGGGCAUAAUCAAUGCUUCUCUGGUGGGAAGAAGAAAUGCAGGACAAAAAACAAUAGGUUGAGUAUUCACUGUUUCCACAUAUUCUGGUGUGGGAGUGUGUGGGCAUGGUGGCUUGUUUAAGCUGCCUUUAAGAGUAUCAUAUACAAUUGUGUGAAAAUGGCUAUGAGAUUUGCAAGUGAUAAACUGUGUCAUAAUUGAGGUAGUGCAUUGAAUUGUUUGUAUCGUAUUGAGACUAAUUUGAUAGCUUGCACUACUCUAUUUUUUUCUACACUUUCUACUUCUACGGGACAAAAUACCCAUCUUGUCAUAGAAGUAGUCAAAAUAAACCACAUGUAAAUCAUUGAAUUCACAUAUGAAGCAGAACAAAGAAAGCUAUAAGUGACUGCUCGAGAAAACUGCUUCAGGCAGGAGUUUUCUGAGUUCAGUGUGUGUGCUCAAGCAGAGCAAUGGCUGCCAAAGUUAGUCUUGUGACAUGCUUAGCUAGCCACAUUUAAGAUCUGCUCAAGUGAUUUUACUACUGGUACAGAUAAGAUUUAAAAAGGUGGUGUAGAAUUAUGAGCAACAAAUAGGACAUAAAUAGUUGGUGCUUUUUAAUUUUCACAAUGGUAAAAUUGUUUACCUAGAACAUAAAUUUGGUAGUCUGAUGCGAGUGUUCUGUGGGGCGAGAUCUUUUUGAAGUGGUCACAAAUUCAAACAAGCUCUCUUCAACCAGUCUGCCAAGGUCUGCAACACAACUGGGUCCACCGCUGGGCACAUCAGCUCAUGUUCAUGUCCAUAAAAUGCUUUUGGCGAUUGGGUUAGGGGCUCAGAUUCAUCUCUGUGUGAAUAUGUUAAUGCUGGUCCUGGGUCUAAUUUAGAGAGCUGUUACACCAUAGAAUGAUCCAAGCAUGUGUCCUGUUGUUUGGGCUAUUCAUGCGGACAGUAUAAUACCCUUAAGAGGACUCAUUCUCUUUCUGUAUGGCCGGUUAAAUACGGUUAGGUUUUUCUCCCAUGAAGACUUAUUCACCAAUAAACACAAAUAAAGAUUUAUUUUGAAUAAUAACAUAAGAGAAUAUUUUGCAUGAUAAGUCUUUGGCGUGAGCCCCAUCACGGAUCCAGGACGACGUGUGGACUCGGCCUAUCCUGCCAGAACUAGCAGGGGCGGGGCCUUCCCCUGGACCGGUAGACUGGGGCAGACCUGGUGGUGGUGGGGUAGGGGAGCAUCGAACGAAAUACCCAUGCAGCAAAGAACUACUCUUUAUAAAGCAGUAGGCAGGUGAUUGGUGAUUGUCUACAGGCAUCACCACCUGCAACACCUGAUCUACCACACCCGUGUCUCCAUGAGGUGACCACCUACGCACCAAUAAUCCAUCCUGGAUCCAAUACCCAUGCUCGGCUUGAUCAGUACCAGAGGCAAAUGCAAAAUACUUGUCAAGACUUGGACCAUUCUUCUGUGCUCCAAUUAUCUCACUGUCAACUCUCACAGACAAUGGUGCUGGUAACUCUGGGACAAACACUUUAGCUGCACCAGUCUUGGACACAUCACACGACUUCUCUGUCUGCGCACGAGCCAUCGCUCGCGUCACAGCGCAGGCAGUGAACACCUCUGGGAAAUCCAGAAGACAUUUGUCCGGCUCUGCUGAUGCUGUAGUUACUGAUUCUACCACCGGGAAAUGACAUGACUUCUCAGGCCAUACGCAAUCCCCCCCCAAAUUAUUUCCAAUAAUCAGGUCAAUAUCAUCUUCAGGCAGAGUCGGACGUUCAGCGAUAAUCACUUCGCCAUUCACAAAUCCAGAAUGUAACUUAAUUUUGUGCAAUGGCAUUGGAAACGGAUGAAGGCCAAUUCCCCGAAUCAAAACACAGCUCCCAGUGUCCGAUAAAGAGGAGAAAGGCAAAGACGAUUGACGUAUAAAACUCUCAGAUGAUCCUGUGUCACGCAGUAUUUUUACUGGCACUAUACGAUCAUCUCCCAUCAUUGACACAAACCCCUCUGUAAUGAAAGGAGCAUAGUUAGACAUGGUCGUUCCUUUAGGUUUAUCAUCCAUCCUCUUUACAUCCUGUAAAUCAAACAGCUCGUGAACAGUCUUCGUAGCCUUCAACUGAAACACAUUUGCCCUUCGUUCACUUCCCAAAUGCGCAGCAGGAAUCGAAGCCACACAGCCGACGUCCUUGACUUCCCUAUUAAUUUCUGUAAGCCUACUCUUUCUGCGAGCAAGCAAAGCUGGACAAUCUAUUUUCCAAUGGCCCAAUCGCCAACAAUAAUUACAUUUAUUGUCUUCUUCACUUUUGCUAUCGGUUCUGCUAUGAGGCACAGAAUCCAACCUUCCAGGAGGACCCACAUUUCCACGAACCACUUGCGUAUCAACGUCGCGGUGAUCUCUGCGGCGGUCGCGGUCAUCUCUGCGAUUGUCAUACCGUUGCGAGUAGUCUCGUACAUAGGCUAAUUGAUUCUUCUGAGUCAACACAUAGCCAUCAGCGAGGACAGCAGCCUCGCCUUCGGUCUUCACGUUAUGCUCGUUAAGAUAUGUAACAAUGCGUUCUGGCACUAUGUUUUUUAACUGUUUUAAAAAAUGACGCAAGCCAUCGAAUUCAACAACACCCUCUGCAGUGAGCCAGCGAUUGAAAAGACUUGCGAGCUCCCUGGCUACCUCCGAAUGAGUUUGCCUUUCGAAUUUUCUUAAAUUGCGAAAACGCUGUCUGUAUGCUUCUGGAACAAGUUCAUAGCACUUCAGCACAGCCUCUUUUACUUUCUAAUAACUUCUCCUUUCUUCAAAAGACAAAGCCACAAACGCUUCUUGUGCGCGGCCAAUUAGAACAGUCUGUAACAGCAGAGUUUUAUCCUCGCUACUCCAAUCUUGAUUUGCAGCAACAUUUUCAAAUAAUGAAAAGAAGACAUCGGGAUCACGCUCAUUGAACUUUGGAAGGAACUUAAUCAUACUUCCCAAGCCUGAAUGCUGGCCGGCACUGCCUCUACCCUCAGCUUCCAACUUAAGCCUGGUGCGCUCAAGCUCUCGAGCUUGUUCAUGCUCGGUAUGCUUAAGCCGCUCCAUCUCAAGCAAUCGAUCUUUCUCUCUUUCGAAAGCCUCGAUCCUCCUCUGCUCUAACUCUUGCACCACCACCCAUUUCUUAUGUUCUAACUGCAUUUGCAAAAGUUAUUUUUGCUCAUCAAACGUUAGUUGACUCAUGUUGGACAA